UGAUAUUUCCGAAGCUCUCCUACGGGCAAACACCAAUGGCUUCCUUCUCCUUGCUCUCUCGCUCUCGCAGAUCAAUCCCUAAACUUCUCCACUUCCUCUUAAGCCCAGCUAAAAGCCCUAAUGUUUCAUCCUCCUCCACGCCCCUCUUCCGAUCCCACCACCGCCUUGCUACACCCGGUUCCACGUCUACUAAUCCCCAAAUCCCCAAUCCCUUCUUUCUCCUCCGAUCCUUCUCCACCACCGCCGCCGCCAAUCUCCGAUCCCGACCCCUUUCCAAGCGAACCCCCACAAUCCCAAGUCUUAUCCCUACUCCCUUCAGCUCCCUUCCCCGAAUCCCGUCUUUGCCUAAAACGCUAUACCCCGAUCCCAGAAACCUCUCCGCCGGCCCAUCGGGAGGCUCCGAGCCAGAGGGCGAGCCCCAGGUCCCGGAGUUCCGGCACCAGGAGAUCGUCGGCCCCACGGUGGAGCGCGACGAUUCCGCCCUCGCCAACGAGACCCGCCAGGUGCUCGACGGCCUCGCUAGGAGCAUCUACAGCCUCAGCUCGGCCUUCGCCUUGCUGGGCGUUGCCCACCUCGGCCUCGGCGCGUGGAUCGUGUUCGCCGUACGGCCGCCCGACGAGGUCCUGGUCCAGGGCCUCGCGGCUUUCGGCUUUCCCUUCUCGAUGGCGUUCCUCAUGCGCCGGGCCCUGAAGCCGAUUGUCUUCUUCAGGAAGAUGGAGGAGCAGGGGCGUCUCCAGAUUCUGACGCUGGCUCUCCAGGCCACAAAGAACUUGAAUCUCUUGUUCAUAAGAGCUCGAGUGGUUUCCUUCUGCUGCAUCGUGGGCAUCUCGGCAGGAUCUCUGGCAGCUCUACUUGGGCGAUAAUGUUAUCAUCAGACAUCAUGAAAUGAGCAUUUAUGCCAACAGAUAAUAAAAAAAAAGGGUGUAUCCAGUGCAUGCUCCUGCCAAUGCGGGGUUUGGGGAGCUCAACCAUUAUGAAAUUAUUGUUGGUUUUUUGUUUUUCUCAUGUCAGAUAAUCCUAUACCCGUUAUAUUAUUUAAUUUAAACCCUUAUAGCUGAAGAAAGUAAUAGGAGUUAGCAGCCACCAGAUCUGUGGUUGCUUUGAGAUCAUGUUAAUCAUGUAGAUACUAGAGUUCUUAUUCUACAGUUUGUCAUACUUGUAGUAGAUACUUAUUUCUUUCAACUUGUGAGUUACUUUGGUUUCCUUUUUUA